ACUCCUGUCAUGGAGGAGAAGGUUAGAGAGAUGCAACACUUCUUCGGUUUGAGAGAGACGGGACAACUGGACCCCCCCACCCUGGAUGUAAUGAGGGAGUCGAGGUGUGGAGUUCCAGAUGUGGACAACUUCAGCUUUUACCCAGAGAAGCCAAAAUGGAGAAACCACACAAUCACAUACAUGAUUGCCAAAUACACUCCGGACUUGAAGAGAGAGGACGUGGAAAAGUCCUUUCGCUCAGCGCUGAAGAUGUGGAGUGAUGCCGCACCACUGAGGUUCAUUAGAGUCAACCACGGCAAAGCUGAUAUUGUCUUCUCCUUUGCCCGCAGAACUCAUGGAGAUUUCUUUCCCUUUGACGGGCCCCGUGGUGUGCUGGCUCACGCCUUUCAGCCUGGAGAGGGGAUAGGAGGAGACGUGCACUUUGAUGAGGAUGAAAUGUGGACAACAGGGAAACAAGGUUACAGCCUGUUUGCAGUUGCAGCUCAUGAACUUGGCCACUCACUGGGUCUGACUCACUCGAGGGACCCCUCUGCGAUCAUGUACCCCAAUUACAGGCAUCACAGCAGUACACAGUACUCGCUGUCCAAAGAUGACGAGCUUGGUAUACAAACAUUGUACGGAAAACCCACCAAAACUCUGGAAACUCAACAGGUUCCCAAAAAGUGUGACCAGAAUUUUUCUUUCGAUGCAGCUACUAUGAUUGGAAAUGAUAUUGUUUUCUUUAAAAACAGGUACAUGUGGAUGAGGACAACGAGGGCGACCUACUGGAAUCGCCUAAGCGAGGGCCACAGCAGCUCAUAUUUGCCCAGCAUCAGUUCUCACGUCGAUGCUGCUUAUGACAUCCCAGCCAAAGGCGUCGCAUACAUAUUCACUGGUCAUAAGUAUUGGGUGGUUCAACGGCUUAAGAUGAAAAGUCAUGCUGGCUCUAUCUACGAGUUCGGCCUCCCCACCAGAAUCAGGCAGGUCGACGCUGCCGUACAUAUCAGUGAAUACGGGAAAACUGUUUUCUUCACUGGAGAGUUUUAUUACAGGUUCGAUGAAAGCAAGAGACGAAUGGAUCCUGGAUUCCCCAGACUCAUCCAAACAGAUUGGCCUGGAAUCCCGAGAAGGGUUGAUGCUGCAUUCAAGUUACAAGGUAAAAAAACCUAAAACACAUCGGCACCUACCAUCCCUCCAACCGUUUCACCGGAGGAUGAGAACCUGGCUCAGGGAUAUGUCUCUCGGUUUUAUGGCGAUGUUGGAACAAGAAACUCGACACUUCGAAGUCUCAUCAAUGAUACAUUCAGUGAAGACCUGGAGUCAAUGCAGGCUUUCUUUGGCCUAGAGGUGACUGGCGUCUUGAAUAAAGAGACAGUGGAGGUGAUGAAAGCACCGAGGUGCGGCGUGUCAGACAUCAGCCGAUAUGGACACUUCCAUGGGAAACCCAAAUGGGAGAAAAGAGUAAUCACAUACAGGAUCACCAUGUACACUCCAGAUCUGACGCAGAGGCAGGUGGAUGCAACCAUCGCUCAGGCCUUCCAACUUUACAGUGACAUCAUCCCUCUGGACUUCAAACAGAUCUACACCGGCAACGCCGACAUCAUGAUCCUCUUCAAGGGCGGAUAUCACGGCGAUUUUUACCCUUUUGACGGAGCGAGUGGCGUCCUGGCUCAUGCUAACUCUCCCGGACAAGGCCAGGGGGGAGACACACACUUUGACGAUGAUGAAACCUGGACUCUUACCCAGAGAGAUGUGAAUCUGCUGUUGGUGGCGGCCCACGAGUUCGGCCACGCCCUGGGUCUGGAUCACUCCAGGGACAGACGUGCACUCAUGUACCCCACCUAUCGGUAUGUCAACACAAACGGGUACAGGCUACCAGACGAUGACAAGCGUGGGGUUCAAGCCCUCUAUGGAAGCCGUACACCAGUGCCCACAACCGCCCCAAAACCAAAUCCUCAUCCUGAACCUGAACCAGAGCCGGAGGAGCCAACAGAAGGACCUGACCCUCUGCCAAACCCCCGAGACGAGCAGUGCAGCCGCGGGCUGGUCUUUGACGCAGCUACCCCCGUGAGGGGAGAGCUGUUCUUCUUUAAAAAUGGAUAUUAUUGGAGAAAGUCUUCAAAUGGAAUCCGUUUCACUAAAGUGGUGACAAAAUGGCGUGGGAUCAACUAUGUGGACGCUGCGUUUGAAGUCCCACACAGUGAUGCGUUUUAUCUGUUUGAAGGUCGUCAAUACUGGGGCAUAAGGGCUUAUGCAAAGACAAUAAUCUCAGGUUAUCCAAAGUCUAUCACCAGCCUCGGCCUCCCCUCCUCAGUCAAUAAAGUGGAUGCAGCUGUUUAUGUGCCAACUACUAGGAAAACACUCAUAUUUGUGAAAACACAGUAUUGGAGCUAUGAUGAGAGCAGAAACCAAAUGGACUCUGGAUACCCGCGAACUAUCACUUGGGAUUUUCCAGGCAUUGGCUCCAAAGUAGAUGCAGCCUUUGAGAAUUGGGGUGAGAAAUAUUAGUUAACAAUAAACCUGUUUCAUAUUCACAUGGAGUCCCUCAACACGUUUGAAUCUGAGAUGGAGGCUGAUGGACAGGGGAACUACUCUCUGUUUCCUGCUCUGGACAGCAUUGCAAGUCUGUCAGGGACUGCAGAAACUCUGGAGAGGUAUGAACCACCUGGUGAAAUUUCAGAGAAGCCUAACCUCACAUGGCUGGAUGCUGCACAGAUUGUCUUGGAGGAAGCGGGACGUCCCAUGCACAUAAAGGAGAUCAAACAGAGGAUCAUUGACAGAGGACUUGUUCAAUCAAAUGCAAAGUCAAGCCUGGAGGCGGUCAUGUACCGUGAGACGGAUGAGGAGCGGCAGCAGGCCCUGCAGACCUUCACCUCCCAGUCUUUCCUCAGCUCUCCUCAGCAGAAUACAGUCAGCAGCUCUGGCUCAGGUGCCUCGGCAGGCGGCUUUCCAUCCCCUGCCAGUUCCUCUGAGCACAAGACCAAGGCGAAGAGAGUUUCUCGAAAAACCCAGAAUGAAAAGUACCGGCUCAAGUACCUCAGGCUGCGCAAAGCAGCUCGGGCCAUGAUAUUUGAGAAUGCAGCUGUCUGCGAUGAAGUUGCCCACUUGGAAGAGAGGUUUCUGAGAGCGAAGGAGGAGCGAAGGUUUUUACUGAAAUCAUUGUCGCAGUACCAGUCCUUGUCAGAGGGGGACAUUCUUUCCACACCCAGCUCAAGCGCUCAUCCACCUGUUCCACCUGUGGCACUAACUUCAGUACCCGCAGGGGCUUCAGGCCUGUCUGGGGGACACAGCCUGGCAUCGGUGGUGUCAACAGGGGAAGAAGGUCCUCUUAAAAAACCCAAGAAGGAAAGGAAAGAGAGGGGGAGGGAGAAUGGCAAGGAAGAACUGCCGAAGAAGAUGACUAAGAAAAGAAAGCUAAUGGACGGGUCUCGGAAGCUGGUGCAGCCCAUCUCCCUGGACUCAUGUGGUCGCCCCGUCUUUCCCAUCGUCCUGGGAGGUUUAACAGUCUACAGUCUUGGGGAGAUCAUCACAGACAGAAUGUUGUUCCAUGAUGAGUGUGCCAUCUACCCAGUGGGCUUCUGCAGCACACGAGUCUUUGCCAGCAUGAAGAACCCUGACCAGCAGUGCCUUUACACCUGCCAAAUCAAGGAUGGGGGGACAGGUCCAAAGUUUGAGAUUGUGCCUGAAGAAGACCCUCAGAAUGCCAUCAUGGCCUCCUCUGCCCUGACGUGCCACUCCAACCUCCUGAAGGCCAUCGCUUCUGUCAGUUCCAAGUGUGUGGUGCCCAUCGUGCCAUCAGGAGCAGACUUCUUUGGUUUCUCUCACCCCACCAUCCAGAAUCUCAUCCAGAGCUGUCCUGGAGCACGCAAAUGUACCAACUACAGAUGGAUCCGUUUCGAGGUGUGUCGCCCAGGUGAUGGCCAGGUCCCUCACAUCCUUUCAGAGGACGAUGCCUCUGUCAACUUUGAGGCCUACCAGAGACACCAGUGCUUUGAAGAGAACAACAAGACUGAACACGUCGAAGGACAGACACCGCAGUCUCCUAGUUCCUCUCAUCAGCACCACCUGACUUCCCCAACUAUGAAGCCCUCAACCUCAUAUUUCACCUCCUGAUUCUGGUAGUGCUACUGAAGUAUUACUCGAUGGUGAACAUUACUUUUGUAUUUUCAACACUAUUUCAAAAAUACCUUCCUGUUUAAGUCAUUCUUGAAAUAGCACCAUCACGAUAAAAAAAUACAGUUGAAGAUAAUGUACUGGAAAUGGAUGGUGAAUUAGCUCUGUGCUUAAUGUGAUAUUCCAACACCUCUUAGUAGAAAUUACAUUCUAUAUUCUCUGUACAAACAUACAUGGUUUUUAUAUUCCUAGUUUACUUUAUAUUUAAAAAGUAAUUAACUAUUUUACAAAUUGGGAGUCUCAGGAAAAUCUAAAUGGCUGGUUAUUAUUCUGUCCCAUGUGCACACUUUGGUUCAAAGCAUACUAUUGGCUUUCUAUUUAAUGUUUUGAAAUUAAAGUGUACAUUUUUCUUAAA